AAGAGAGGAAGCAAGUAAGACCUGUCAUCAACUGAAUAUGAUCAUUUGAACAAGAUGGAUCCGGGAAAACCCAGCCCUUCCUCAAAAUCGUCAGCCUUGAAUGUAAGAGGAAGUGAUGCAACACAGCCGGAGGAAGUGUCCCCAAGCAUUUGGGCCUCAGGACAGGGGGAUCCAGGAAGAGAUGAUGAAGUGGAGAGACCAUGGAUGGUCGAAAGAGAUAUGGAGUCAGCGGUUGAUGGAAUAACUGCUCUGCUGAACCACAGGGGGGCAGCAGAGAAACAGAGGUUCAAUACUUUGGGGUAUCAGAAGAAACAGAAGCAGGGGUUGGGUUCAGACUUUGCUACACUAAGCAAGGGAGUGUCUGGAAGUGUCAAACCUCGAGGGGCACUGAGACAGGUGCUCUUCAGCCAGGGAGUGUCUGACAAGUCUCCCAGCCCAGAGGAACGCAGCCAGCUGGAGGCCUUGAAACAAACUCUGGAAUCGUUUCCUACUCCUUCACUGCCCGAAUGGAAGGGAGGAGGGGAUGCAAAUGGUGUCACACUGGAACGCAGCUGGACUGACAUUGUACACUCUCACUCGACAAUGAGUAAGACGCAGAGACACCAGCAGGAGGCGCUGUGGGAGUUGAUUCAUACUGAGUUGAGCUACAUCAACAAACUGACAAUUGUUACUGAUCUGGUGAUUGCAGCCCUGAUCAAUCUACACCAAAAAGGAUUCUUAUCGGAGGUCAAGCCUCAGCUCCUCUUCUCUAAUCUCCCCUCCAUUCUUCAUGCCCACCGCCUCUUCUGGGAGGAAGUGAUGUGGCCCAUGAUACAGGAAGUCAGGCUUACAGGGAAGCCUUUUGACCCUCUGAAGCUGGAGGCCGGCUGUCUGCAGUUCAAUGAACGUUUCUUCCCGUACCUCCAGUACUGCUGGGAGGAGGAGAAGAUUGUGGACUUCACCCGCAGACAGAUCAUCUCUAAUCCUCAAUUCCACACCUACCUCACAUGGGUGGAGUCUCACCCCCAGGUGGAUAGGAUGCGGCUGGGCGACAUGCAGGCCAAGCCUCACCAGAGGAUCACAAAGUACCCUCUGCUGCUGAAGGCCAUCCUGAAGACCACUGAGGACGCCCUGACGCAGUACUCUGUCAGGAGAAUGCUUGCGAGUGUCAAUAGUUUUUUGGAUAGCAUCAAUGACUACCUGAGAGUGAAAGACGAUGAGCUUGCCCUCUCUCUGUCUGCUCAACGGAUUGAAGGAUAUGAAGUGAUAGAGGGGAUAAGUGAAGAAGUCGACAAGCAUAUCCGUGAAUUUUGCCGCUUUGAUUUGACAAGCCCCAUCCAGGGGGUUGGUCCCCAUGAGAUACGCAAACUACUAUUGGAGGAGACACUGAAGAUCCGAGAGAGGAAAGACAACAAGCUGGAGGCGGUCCUGCUGCUGUUUUCGGAUGUCCUGCUGCUGACGAAGGCGCAGAGGAAGUCGGAGAAGCUGAAAGUGAUACGGCCCCCGCUUGCCCUGGACAGAAUACGCUGCUCCGCCCUCAGAGACGGCUGUUCAUUUGUGCUGGCGGAGAUGAGCGAUUUGGGCUGUGCAGUGAGUGUGUACAUGGUCACCACCCCCAGCCAAGACAGCUGCGCUUUGUGGGUCACAACCAUACGCAGUGCACAGGAGUCCUUGGCAACCAUGAGACAGAGAGAAACAGCCCACAAACUGGGGGAAUUCAGACAGGCAGAUAUGUUGAUAGAGAGACAGACUCCUCCUCUAUUAGAAGCCAAGGGAGAGGGUGAGGAGGAAGAGAAAGAGGAGCCAGGGAACUUCUCAGAGGUCGAGGAGGCACCACUUUCGGAUGAAAGGCCAAAAGAGGAAACUACUGACAGACUAUCAGAAAAUGGUGCAUUACCAUUGGCAGAAACAGAAGGAGAAAAUAACACGCAGAACCAGCUGAAAAACAUGAAUUUUCUGUUGCUAGGCAGAUACAAUCCAUGCAGCCAGUCAGCGCGUGGGAAUUUUGCAUCAAGAUGCAGAGAUGUGAAAAAUAUCCAGCGUGAGGUAAAGGGUGUGGUGAUGUCAAAGGAGGAAGAGAGUGAAAGUAACCAAGCAGAAUAUGCUGAAAUUGUACUUUCAGGUAUAAAAGAAAGAAGGGUCACCUGGAAUCACUCUAGAUCAAAACAUUUAUUUUCCAACCCUGACACACAUGCAACAUCACAGAGGAACUCUACAGAGAGCCAAUCAAAUGCUCUGCAGUCCUCUUUUCUGGAAAAGGUGCAAAAUGCAGAGACCUCACUAGUCCAGUCAGCACCAAGGCCUUCCUCUUUACCAGGUGAAGAAUUCAAUGUGGAUACUGAAAUCUACAAAUCUGAAUCUAAGGAAAGUUUGCAGAGAGGUAAAUUCACCCGGCGAGAUUCAGAGGGCCAGCUGUCAGACCAGGGUUCAAGAAGAGAUUCCUGCCACAGCCAGUCAGGAGAAGAGUUUUUAACAGACACAUGGAGGUUUUCUCGUAAGCUGAACUCGCCUCGUUUACGAAGGCGGCGGCCCAUAACCGGUCAGCAAAGCCCCCCGCCACAGAUGGUCAGGAAAGGUUCCUUGGACUCAGGGCAGGCAAUGUUCACGCUUAACAGAAACUCGUCCUCCAACUCUGACUCUGACAGCCACCAAAUCCUCCAAGGGGUUGCCCAUCUGUCCGCUCAGACACCUCACUCUCCUUCUACGCUAAACCAGGGCUCCCUCAGAGUGAACAGAGGGGUGUUCUGGAUUGGCCCUCUCCAAAGAGUCUCCCCGGAUCCACGAACCUUCUCUGAGCCAGAGCUGUCCAUGAGCGCACCUAGGCAAAGCUCCCAGAAAAAGGCCAGGCUCAAGACGCAGAGAAGUGCAUCCAUCCCGGACAUUGUUGUCCCAGAUUUACUUACAACCCCAGGCUGGUCCUCAGCUGCCAGUAUCCCUCAGUCUUCCCAGCCUCAGGGAGGGCCUCAGCCACGGACUUCAUCCCUGGAAGACAUCUUGGAGCGGGCCAGAGGACGAGGAAGGGGUCAGGAGGGGGAAAAAGCAAAAGCAGGGAGGAGACCAACAAGGAACCUACUAGCGUUGGACUGCCUCCCCUUCUCCUCUCUGUCCACCCCUCCGUCUCCCAGUGAGGGCGAGCGGGAAACAAAGCCAGAGGACUCGGAGCUUCCAAGGGUUCAUGCACCCACUGAGGAUGGGGAUGAAGUAAGACAAGAAGAGGGGAGUGAUGAAGAGCGGAAACUCAGCUUCCCCUUGCCUGAUGGCGCAAGCGUUGAUUGGCUGGGCUGGUGCGUUGAUGACGACGAGGUCAUGGUUCGGCUCGUCCCCGAGGGCAGCGGAGGCGAGGGGGGAGCGGGCGAGGGAGGGAGUCGAACGCUGACCCUCAGAGAUUUCCGGCGAAUAAGCAUACAGGAAGAUGGGGAGUGUAGUGAGGUAUAGUGGGGAGGGGAAGGAAAGUGUGACUGUGCCGUGCGCAGUGGUGCCGUGGGAGGGGGCACUCUGCUUUGUGGCAUGUGGGCUUUCGGUGAAACACUCAGUACUGAUUACACUGGUUCUCACCAUACUCUCACAAAUGCUGCAGUGCAUAUGACUGACCUGGAACCCCAUAUAUAUAGCAGCAUCAAAGUUACAACAGUUAUAAAACAACUUCUCAUCUUAGGACCAACAAAACGCCUGAGGUCAGUCAAAGGCCACAAAAAAAAAAUAAAGCUCAAGAAGUAAAAUUCAAGUUGCAGUGACAGGGUGGGUAUUACAAUAUUUUAUUACCAUUAUUAUUUUAAUCAUAUAUUAUCAUUACCUUUAUAACAGGCCAAAUUCCUUCUCUCUGCUGGUUAAUUUGCAUUUCUAACAGUAAUACUUUUAAAAUUAUUUUUAAAAUCCUCCUGGUAAGAGCUGCGCAGUUCUUUAGCCAUUUUUCUGUUCUUUUGCAUAAAAGCCUAAGUUCUAAAAAGACCUGAGGAGCAUGAAAGUGACAUUCCCCUUCUUUAAAUUAAAAAAAUAUAUAUAUUGAGGAGAAAAAUGAGUGCAAAGCAAGGCCAGCUGUAGAAAAAAAUCCCAGGAAUUAAAAUGAAAUUUAAAAAAUUAAAACUAGUUAGCUUCACUUUUAAUUACCUGUAAAAAUGUAAAAUAGAAAAAGUAUUAAAACACCUGAUUUCAGAUCAUCUCCCCAAAAUAGCUGUCAAAAAGUAUUACCUUUAAUCAAGUAAAUAUGGUAUAUCAUUGCAAGCAUAGCAACUCUAUAUUUUACUGUGAAUAGGAAAAUAGAUGCUUGCUCUGCAUUUUUUGCUUGCUUUGCACUUUUUCAAUAAUCAGGUACGAUUUAAGUGUAUUACGGUAUGAGUGAUGUCUGAAACAACAGUCACCCAGUUUAUUUCAGAGCUGGCAACAUUUCAUGGUUAUGUGUGACCUCCGUUCCCAAGGGUGUUUGUGACCCUGGGGUUCUAUUGUAAAGAAAUGUAGAUAUGAGAUGAGCUCCAGAGGGAAAUAUCGACCAAUCAGAGUGUCAAUAUUGUCUACCCUUCUCCAAUCAGGAGUGAGCUAAGGGGACAUCAUAUGGUUCUGUUAAUUUUUUUUUUUGCGUCAUAAUCAAUCCUUUCUUAUUAAGGACGUUAUAUAACUGGUCAAGACACAAGUAAUUGCACAAACUAAUGCCUUUGUGGUAACCAAUAUGAAACUAAAUUUGUGAAACUAAAAUGGAACUUACAUUGUAUGAGCUGU